AUGGAUGGUUCACAGUCCCUCCAGCGCAUGCAUUCUAACCAGGAUAAUCAACAACAGGCGUCCACAAACUACAAAGAAGCAUUCUCGCUCUUCGAUAAGCGAGGAAACGGUCGUGUUGCCCUCGAGUCACUGGGCGAUCUUCUCCGCGCUUGCGGUCAGAACCCCACCCUAGCUGAGAUCGGUGAUCUAGAGAAGAGCAUUGGCGGAGACUUUGAUUUCGAAGCCUUCUCCAAAGUCCUCAACCGGCCAGGCGGCUUCCGUGACCCCGGUGAACCAGAGGAGUACUGUCGCGGAUUCCAGGUAUUUGACAAAGAUAUGACUGGGUUUAUUGGCGUGGGCCAACUGCGUUAUAUUCUCACAAACCUGGGUGAGAAAAUGACCGAUGAUGAAGUUGACGAACUUCUCAAGGCUGUUGACACGAGCUCCGGAGAGAUCAACUACACAGAACUGGUCCGGACAAUUCUUGCCAACUAA